AUUCUUUAAAUGUAAAAAGUUGGCAUAAAUUUAUUUUACAUUAUGAGUUAAAAUGAAGGGCAGCAAAUACACUCUUGUCUCUUGAUGAUCAGAUUACUGUGAGAUGUUCUGAUUCAUUUAUAGGGAUAACGCACUUUCAGUAGCAAAAACCAACCUCCAGAGACUUAAAACCAACCAACCAACCAACCAGCCAAAAACAGAAAAAAUCAAAGAUGAAUGUCUUACUCUGCAACUCCUCAGCUACACUCCCAUUAUCACAAUCUUCAUUAUCUUCUCCCAAAGCACCACCCACAAAGUUCUCUUUUUCCCUCAACUUAAACAACCAUACUACUACUUGGGCAAGAAAAACCUUCCUCGGUGCAUUAACUGGAGUGCUUUCUUUCAAUCUCUUACUCUCUUCUCCAUUUUCACUUGCAUCACAGUCACCCUAUCCGCAACUCCAGUUACCUUCUCCUCCUAAUAAUUCUUCAAUAGAGCAAUGCCAAGAACAAGAACAAGUGGAACAAAAUCAGGAAAGUGUCACUAAUGAGGGAAUUGUAGAGGAAGCUUGGCAGAUUGUUAAUGAUAGCUUUCUUGAUGCUGGUCGCCAUCGCUGGACUCCUCAAUCUUGGCAGCAAAAAAAGGAAGAUAUCUUAAGCACUUCUAUUCAGAGUAGAUCAAAGGCACAUGAUUUAAUUAAGAGGAUGCUUGCUAGUUUGGGCGACCCUUAUACACGUUUUCUUUCACCUGCUGAGUUCUCGAAGAUGGCAAGGUAUGACAUGAGUGGUAUUGGAAUAAACCUUAGGGAAGUUCCAGAAGAGAAUGGAGAGGUGAAACUGAAGGUACUGGGAUUAUUACUGGAUGGGCCUGCCUAUACUGCUGGUGUAAAACAGGGGGAUGAAAUCUUAGCUGUUAAUGGAGAGGAUGUCAGAGGGAAAUCAGCAUUUGAAGUAUCAUCAUCGCUACAAGGCCCAAAUGAAACAUUUGUGACUAUUAAGGUUUAUCAGUUUGGCACUACAGCUUUUUGGUAUUUUAUUGUUUUCUUGAUUGUUGAGAAUACAAGUGACCAAUUACAGGUGAAGCAUGGCAAUUGUGGGCCUAUUCAAUCUUUAGAAGUUCAGCGACAACUUGUUGCUCGGACACCAGUCUUUUAUCGCUUGGAGCAAGUAGACAAAGGGACCACUUCUGUUGGGUAUAUGCGCCUGAAAGAGUUCAAUGCUUUGGCUAGAAAAGAUUUGGUAAUUGCAAUGAAGCGGCUGAAAGACAUGGGUGCCUCAUAUUUUAUUCUGGAUCUUAGAGAUAAUCUCGGUGGACUAGUACAGGCUGGGAUUGAAAUCUCAAAGCUCUUUCUAAAUGAAGGGGAGAAGGUGAUUUAUACUGUUGGAAGGGAUCCCCAGUACCAAAACACAAUAGUUGCUGAUACUGCACCUUUGGUUACGGCUCCUGUUAUUGUUUUGGUGAAUAACAAUACUGCUAGUGCAAGUGAAAUUGUAGCCUCUGCACUUCAUGAUAACUGUAGAGCAGUCCUUGUGGGGGAGAGAACUUUUGGCAAGGGCUUAAUUCAAUCAGUUUUUGAGCUUCAUGAUGGAUCUGGAGUGGUGGUCACUGUUGGAAAGUAUGUCACGCCAAAUCACAUGGACAUAAAUGGCAAUGGAAUAGAACCUGAUUAUCGAAAUUUUCCAGCUUGGAGCGAUGUUACACGGCAUCUAUCGCAAUGCAACAUGAAUCGACGAGGAUAAACCUAAAGUUUGCAUUGCGUUUCGUUCUUGAGAAGUUAUUCAUAUUGGAGUGAAGCCGUGAUAUAAUCAGCAGCCCUGUGGUGGUUGUGCUCAUCAAGCUUCAACAUAAAUAUUGCUGACACAAAGCAUCUAAUUUUUGUGAACUAAAAAGCAUAUGUUGACCAAAGGGGUCUAUUUCUGCAUACCUUCCAACAGAGUUCACAUGCCUUACAAGAUUGGAUUAGUUUUAUAGUCUUGAAAUUUGAGUUCUCUUGGUUGUAUCUUUGUUUCAAGAGAAAUGUAUCAAAAGAAGCUUAAAAGGAAUCUUGUAGAAGGUUAUAGCAGAUGAAUCAGCUCUAUCUUCUAACAUGAUGGUCAAGACUAUUGUAAAUCUUUGUUGAAAAGAAGGUCAGAUAAAUUUGAUAUAAAAAGAAUUUCAAACUCUAA